AUGAAGUCUCGUGGUUUUACUCGACAACCCUCAGACAGCCACGAUGGAGUCUCCGGAAGUUCGCCAUAUUUCGCUCGUUGGGGCGUAUAUGACGCCCAUGAGGAUAAAAGUCACUUUAGCAGCCACGACGACAGGCGAAGCAGCAGCGGUAACAUUAACGACAGCUACGGUAGCCGUUACGUCCGAAAUAAUAACAGUAACGACGAGGAACCUAACAGAUGGUGGCAGAGCAGCGAAGAUGACAUGACUUCCCGCAGCAGCGCGUUAAACAUUCACGUACGGGAAAAGCAAUGGAGGUCCAGCACAAACCACUGGGCUCCUAUGCAACGACUAGUGCCGGGUGUUGGUGUCGCCAAGCAAACCCAUCAGAUGGUGAACACACUUUUCAUGGGAGACGGUGGGGAUGAAGACGGUGAUGUCGGCGACCGCAUUGACGGCGACACUGUUGUCGUUGACGAUGACGUCAUUUACGGGUCCAAUAUUGGAGAUAUUAAUGGAGCCAACAACAGUAAAGAAGGUGAUGGUGAAAGCAGGCAAAACUGGCUAGAUUACUGUUAUCAUUAUAAUUGUCAAAACAACAAUAGUUACACGUACAACGGUGAUAAUAGCAGCAACGGUAACAACUAUAACAGGAACGAUAGGCACAAUGGCCAGAGCUACGGCGUGUACAGUGCGCUCAGCAGGUUAAUGGUGACCGGCAACGGGGAAGCCGAAGAAAGAAGAGACGGCAGAAAGAGAUCCCCAGCAACAACACCAAUUAUGGCAGGGACGGGCGGGGAACUGACGCAGCCGUGCAGAGUUGCGAGCAGCGGUGGGGCGCCACUGGUGUCGUCUGGCACGGCAGUUUAUACAGCAAAUCGCGUGAGGUACAGCAACGGCAGAGGUACUGACAGUGUAUACACGAGCAAUACUUACAGCAUUACAGUCGGAGACGGCAGCAUCAACGCCACUAACAAGAACACAGUUUUUGCCGGGCAAGCGCCCACUGCAUCCGCAGGCACUUCCUCGACGCCAGCAUCAACGGCUGGCUUUGAAGCGGCAGCAGCGAGUAUCAUCGCGGCGGCCGGUUUGCCUCUCGGCACUUUUUCCUUAGCGAAUUACAUCGUAGAGGGCCAACCACGGUUUCCUUCAAUGGAGCUAAGGCGGCAGCAGCAGCAAACCGUCUUUGAUCAAAACCAGCAUGAGACCAUCUUAGGGGAGUACCCCGUCUCAGUAGCAUCACCACCUUCAUACUGUGGAAGCCCCAGGAGCAACGGCUCCAGUCUUAAUACGGCUCAUCUCUUGAACACCGCAACCACUGACGUGCACACCUCAGCUUGGUCUGGGCACACAAGGGACAACCAACGGAACUUACUGACCACUUACAACCAACACGCGCAGCAGCAACAGGCUAAGGCGUACAGUGAAUACCUCAGUGAUUUACUUUAUUUCCACGCUGACUUCUUCCCACCUCCGCCCCCGCCACGAGGUCUUUCGUUUCCCUCUUACUCGCAUUUCUUUACAAAGCUGUCACUGCCACCGGCGUACUCCUUGCCGCGAACAUUGUCACUUGUUGCGUCGAACUGUCGGCGGCGCGCAGCAUUGUGGUAUCAUUACGCGAACAAGUGGAACAUCACCCGUCGCCUCCCUCCUCCUCCCCGCACACCGUUGCCCGAGAUGAUGGAGGAGGAGGAGGAAUCGAGAAGGCUCAGGCAGCUGCAGCAUCCUCAGUGGUCGCACAAAGGAAAUGGAACACUCGGACACCACAACCAGCAGAGCCCCCCGCGCACUCCGUACGACAUCAGUGAGUGGAUGAAAAUGUGUGAGCGCUGGUUCGAUGUGGCGCAGCGACAGUUCGAAUACCCACCGGAAAAUGUCCCCACGAGGGUCCCACCGAGCUUUAUAUUGCGCCAUGUGGUGCAAUAUUAG